AUGACCUGGGUAGCAAAGACAUCCCCACCCCCACUUGAAGAGAGGAAGCCUGGGGAAGAGCGAUGCCGUCCCCCAACUCCGAGCUUCCCGUGGGAGAAAGAAGGGAGCCCUGUCUGCAAACCCUGCCCCGAAGGGGGGCUCCCCCUCAGCAGGGCCAAGGGCCGUCCCCACUUCUCUAUGACCCCCGGCCGUCCCAAGGCCCCCCCGAGAAAGCCUCAGCUUCUCCUAACGAGGGCCGCCAAGGAAGCGGAGAGCACCCCAGGAGAGGCCCCCCCGCAGCUCCAGGGCAGCCUGGGCCUCUCAGACCUGGGCCCGCACCCACGCGGCCCGCCCCCCAACCCGCGCACACCAGGGGCUGGAAGCCCGGGGCUUCCCCAGCUCGGGCCCCCGACGCGACCCCGCCCUCACGGCCGGGACCAGAGGCCUACCUUGGGAAGGAGAGCACAGGGUAGGCCCUCGGCCCCCCCGCGGCGCCCCGCCCCCGCCCCGUGGCCCGGGGAGGACCCUCGGCCCCUCCCCGCUCCCGGGGCAGAGGAGCUGCGGCAGGGGCCGGCCAGGAAGCCUGCGCGCAGGGCUUCCGAGGGGCAGGUCGUGCCCGAAGACCCCCCGCCCGGGCCGAGGCAGACGCCGGGCCGGGCCGGCCCGGAGGCCCCUCCUCCCGGGGGCCGGGCCGCGCACUCACCGUACGGAAGAGGGAGGCGGGCAGGGACGACGAGAGGAGCCCCUCAGCAGCGCCUCGGGCCGGGCUCGGCCCAGGCCCCGGCCCCGGCGCCGCCGCCGCCACCGUCACGGCCGCCGUGCUGCCGCCCUGCGCUCGUCCGGCUCUCCUCGGCUUCGGCCCCGGCCCGGCCCCGCGACUGCCCCCGGCCCGCCCGCUCGCUCGCCCUCCUGCCCGCCUGGCUGCGCCUCGCGCCCCGAGCGAGCGUGAGCGCGACGGCGCGUGCGCAGGGAGGUCGAGAGAGCGAGGGCCGCCUCAAGCCUGCCGUGGGCCCCGGCGCAGCCGCAGCCCCGUCGCCGCCUCGCGCAGCCCCGCGCGCGCGCUCUCGAGCCUGGCUGCCCCUCCCCCAAACGCUCUUCGGGCCGCCGUAA